AUGGAGCUUCUGGCAGCUGCUGUGCUGAUGGCGGUGCUGCUGGGCUCUAAUGGCGAAAACCAAGCCACCGUGGUUUCUGCAGACUGCAAUGAUGCAGGAAUAGAAAGGGAUGCUGGCUUGGCCCUCGACUUGAUCAAUAAGCACCGCAAGGAUGGCUAUAUUUUCACCCUCUUGCGUGUUGCCGACGCUCACAUACAACAUGCGGUAAGUACUACAGCUCCGACUGACUCCUUUGCUGACUUUUCUCUUAGGAACACAGUGGUACCUCUGGAUGUGAACGGGAUCUGUUCCAGGGCCCUGUUCACAUCCAGAAGCGAACGCAACCCGCAUCCGCGCGGGCCACAAUUCGCCGCUUCUGCGCAUGCGCGUGACAUCAUUUUGACCGUCUGCGCAUGCGCGAGCGGUGAAAGCCGGAAGUAACAUGCUCCGUUACUUCCGGGUCGCCGCAGCGCAGAACCUGAAAAUACUUAUCCCGAAGCUACUUCAACCCAAGGUAUGACUGUACAGGGAGUUACCUUAUACCGAGUCCUCUGGCCCAUUGUCUACACCAGGGUAUCCCAAAUUUGGGUCUUCAGCUGUUUUUUGGACUACAACUCUCAUCCUCCCUAGCCAGCAGGCUCCAUGGAGGACAACCAAAGCUGUUUGAAAUUGUCUCAAAGCGAGACGUUUCAUGCAAGAACACAUUGGUGUGAAAUACCUCUAUACGUCUGAUGCGAACUGGAGAAAUGUCAAACCAAUGAUAGCAGACAUUCUGACCAAGCCACUACCAAGAAACCAUUUUGGGAAUGAGUCAAGAUGGGGCUUUGGGUGGUUCCUUAAUUGUGCGUGCAAUUGUUAUAUUUGCCAGAGAGGGGGCUGUUGGGAUAACCCACCUCAUAUAAGCAACAUGCUUAAAUCUAAUUGAUGCAUGAAGAGGUUAAUGUCAUAGAAUAAGCUGUCCUCCCAGGUUUAGCUCUGUUUGGGAUGAACUAGGAAAUCAAGUCUUUGUCCCCCUCCAGUCUACCUGAGAAGCUCAGCUUGUAAAGAGGACAUAGCUGGUUGCUCUAAGCUCAAACCACAUGACUCUCACGAGAAGUUUUGUAAGGAGAACUAUAUGAAAUAUUGCAGAAAAGAUUUAUGAGAAUGGAUUUUAAGUUAUGGAUUAUUAAAAGUAAUAGUUAGGAUAACAAAUGUAAGAUUAAAAGAUGAGGUUUGGAAAUCAUUAGACGUGGUUGAUGGAAGCCUCAGGCUAAAAUAGCCAAAAUGUUGUAUAAGAUGAGAUGAGAUGUUCUGUUUGGAAAAUAUAUGUAAAAACUAAUAAAAAUAUAUAUUAAAAACAAACAAACAAACAUGACUCUCACAAGCCAUUAUAGAGUUACUAUACAAAUAAUUUGGGAAGUUUAACCACUUUGUAACAGCUAAGUUUUACUGUCUGUGCAAUCUACAGUGAACGCUUGGCUUGCGAACGUGAUCCGUGUGGGAUGCACGUUCGCAACCCGCAGCGUUUGCAACCCGCUGUGGUGCAUCUGCGCACUUGCGGGUUGCGAUUUGAUGCUUCUGUGCAUGCGCAAAGCGCGAUUUAGCGCUUCUGCACAUGCACGGCUGCCGAAACCCGGAAGUAACUUGUUCCUGUACUUCUGGGUUUUGGCGGUCCGUAACCCAAAAAAACGCAACCUGAAGCGUCUGUAACCUGAGGUAUGACUGUAUUCGGAAGCACAUGAAUCUGAUCAUUGGAUUGUUUGUAAGUUAACUCUAAAAAAAACUUUUAAAAAAACCUUACCCAACAUGCAGUCUUUUUAUAUGCUAGGGGAAGAGGAAAACUUUGGAAGGAACUCACAAGGGCAUAUUUUAAAAAUCUAACAACCUAUACUUCCACGCUUUAAUUUGCUGCAUAUUUUGUGGUUUUAAAUCUCUGCUGCGGUUCUCUCACCAAAGAUUACUUGCCCCAAAGCUGGAUCUUGGAGCCCAGGGAAGUCUCCUUUGAUACCUAUUUUUUUCCUUGCCACCAACUCAAGGCAUGCUGUAAAGUUGCCUGCCUGCUGAGAAAUACAUAAUUCCCUAAUUUAUUACUGCAUAUAUAUCCCGCCUUUCUGCCAAGGAGCUCAAGGUGACAUCCCGCCUUCAUUUAAUUCCCACAGCAACUGGCAAGGCAGGUUAGGCUGAGAGAGAGGACGACUGGCCAAGGUGAACUUACGGCUGCAGCAUUUGAACUCUGGCCUCCCAGAUCCAUGUCCAACAAUAACAACUAGGCCACACCAAUCACAGGGGGAAUUACUAAAAAAAACUGUUGGAUUGCACAGAAUUGGGGGUGGGGUAGCUGGAUGGGGGGUAGCUGGAUACUGCUAAAAUAUCUUCUGCAGAAAUGCACUUGAUUUUGUUGCAUUUCCUCCCAUUCCAGGGAAAUGAUUCCAUCAUGUACUUAACUCUGGAUGUGCUGGAAACAGAAUGCUCUGUAUUAUCUCGGAAAAACUGGUCAUCUUGUGGAAACAGGCCGUUCUACGGCUAUACAGUAAGUAACAACAUCUUUACUCCUUCCGGCAGACUCACGGAUACUGCCGAUACUCUGUGGCAGGCAUAGGCAAACUCGGCCCUCCAGAUGUUUUUGGUCUACAAUUCCCAUGAUCCCUAGCUCACAGGACCAGUGGCCAGGGAUGAUGGGAGUUGUAGUCCCAAAACAUCUGGAGGGCCGAGUUUGCCUAUGCCUGCUCUAUGGAUAUCAAUGUUUUUGUGACUAAGGAUGUGUACUGCAGCUCUGGCACACUCCCACCACUGGCGUUUGAAGCUGAGAGUGCUUGUCAUUAGCCACAAUCUCUAUGCAUUCUGUGGGCCCUUGAGAAAUGCUACUGCUUGGUUCAUUUCCCCUCAAACCGGCUUCCAUCCAGCUUGAAAACGUAUGCCAUAGUUAAGCUGAGAUGUGCACAUUUGAGACAGCUGCCGCACAUGUGCAAAUGACUGCGCAUGCGCAGAGGACAGCUUCAAACAACAGGAGUUUGCAGGGGUUGCAGGUGCAGGGACACAAAUCAGGUAAUGCGCAUCAGGUGAAGACAUUCCAAGCCCCUCGUCGAUGUGUACAAAAAGGUAAAAGUGUGACUUGAAUUGCAGCAGCGGAAACAGCCUUCCAGCGUUUUAAGUCACUAAUGUGUACACAGCUUAAGAAAACUACAGUAACCGUCAGAGCAGGGAAGCAAACAUCCCUUGUGGCUUUUGGAAAAGACGAGUGCUUGUAUCAGAGCUUCCGACAGAUGUCUGUCUUUUGCCUUCUCCAGGACUUUGGGCGAUGUAAAGCUGUUGUGCAAAUAAACCGGUUCCUUGAGGAAGAGAAACUGCAUAGAUACAACUGCACUAUGAGCCCAGGUAUUCAUAGCUUCCAAAUGAAGUGUGUGUGAACUCAGGCAGGAUACAGACAAAAAGAUGGGUCACUGCAAUCUGGUAGCUCACUCACAGCAUUACAGGGGAAGCUGCCUUAUAACGAGUCAGAUCAUUGGGUUCAUCUUGCUCAGAAUACCAGGGCUGGGGAACAUUUCUAAGUCCAUUUCCCGUGGAAAGCCUCCUAAGGGGCGCAUGGGUGCCGGGGGCAGGAAUGGAACACUAGAUGUGAGUCUUAGCCUUUGUGCAAAAGGCUACAUUCCAGACACACAAAAGCAGGUGGUUUAGUCUAAAAGGACUCGCAGCCCUACCUAGAGAUGCUAGCUACCUUUGAAGGUGACCCAGAAACUACAACUAAUCCAGAAUGCGGCAGCUAGACUGGUGUCUGGGAGUGGCCGCCGAGACUACAUACUACCGGUCCUGAAAGACCUACAUUGGCUCCCAGUAUAUUUCCAAGCACAAUUCAAAGUGUUGGUGCUGACCUUUAAAGCCCUAAAUGGCCUCAGCCCAGUAUACAUGAAGGAGCGUCUCCACCCCCAUCAUUCAGCCCAGACACUGAGGUCCAGCUCCGAGGGCCUUCUGGCAGUCCCCUCACUGCGAGAAGUGAGGUUACAGGGAACCAGGCAGAGGGCCUUCUCGGUAGUGGCGCCCGCCUUGUGGAAUGCCCUCCCAUCAGAUGUCAAGGAAAUAAACAACUAUAUGACUUUUAGAAGGCAGCCCUGUUUAGGGAAGUUUCUGAUGUUUGAUGUUUUAUCCUGUUUUUUAUAUUCUGUGGGAAGCUGCCCAGAGUGGGCGGGGUAUAAAUGAUAAAUUAUUAUUAUUAUUAUUAUUAUUAUUAUUAUUAUUAUUAUUAGCAGGGAUUGAACCUGGGCCUUUUCCAUGCAGUCCAGAUGGUCUGCCACUGAACCACAGCCCUUAAUUGUCAUCAUAUGAAUUAUCUUUUCUCCCAAGCUGAUCCCAGUAGAAACCUUCCCCCCACCCCUACUUUUCAGCAGAUGCUGGCAGCAGACUUUGGUGAUUUGUGAUGUCAGAAACCUGCUUUUCAGGACCAUUUUUCAGGUUUAAUUUUUUAAAAAGCACCAUCUUAACUUUAAAAGGUAUAAAUGCAGUAUUUUUAAAAGCACAGGCAGGUAAUUCACCUGAAGAAAGAAAAUUCACCUGAAGAGAUUUGGGAUUUGAUAAAGAGGAAGAUACAGGGCGAGGGAAGUCAGGGAUUAAAGGACGAGACUGGGACAUUGGACAUGCUAUAAAUCAAUGACUUCACCCUGCGUGUUAAUUAUAAUCCCAGGCAACAAUAAUACAAUGCUGAUAACUGCUCACUUUUCUCAGUUCCACCUAAAUUAUAUGAGUGCAAGGAUUGUCCAGUGAGGAUAACAGUCAUAGAAGCUGCUGAAGAGCACAUGAAGUACGCCAACGGGGUCUUGGAGCAAUACAAUCAGGACAGCAACCAGACGAACUAUUACAAGGUGGAGGAAAUAAAAAAAGUUUUCAGUGCGGUAUGUAUCAGUCUGCCCUGGAACUUAAAUUGCUGGAUACAAGUGAAGCUUUCCCCAUCUCCCAUUCAUAGCUGUCAACCGUCCCUUAUUUGUCGGGAAAGUCCAUUAUCCCAGCACCAUUUCCCGCUGCUGUCUUGGAUUGAUGACGUCCCUUAAAUUUCCUGGGUUUCAAAGGAAGCAUCUCCUCUCCCUCCCUCCCUGUCGGCCAGGGAGGAAGGAGGCUCCAACUGUGUUGUUUGGCUGCGUUGCUCACCCAAUAAGGAGUCUGAGAACAACUGGGGGGUGGAGCUUGCAUGCCCUGUGCUGAUCAAAUCGGCCGCAUUGCCUGGGGACUCCCCUUUGCUCAGCGCUUCCCUGUAGUUUUCCUUGCUGCAUCCCCUUUGCCGGGUUGCUGCGCUGUGGGAACCACCGCUUGGUGGGAACCUCUCGUUUGGCUGCUGGUUGACUAAAAUCCCUUAUUUUGGCUGUUGAUCCCUUAUUUUCGAGGCUGCUGGCCCCUUAUUUUCAAAUCUGUAAGUUGACAGCUAUGCCCAUUUCUUUGCUAGGAAAGAGGCUAUGUGCUCUUUUGUGUACUAUUAGGAUGGUGUCAAAGGCCCACAAUGCUUGGCAAGUACAUUCUCAGAGUUCACUGGGGCAAACCAUGUCUAUUCAGGUAAUUUGACAGUGCAGAACUGGCACCGUUACAAAGGUGCCACGUAAUGCUUGUUCCGCAUGGAAAAGAAAUGGAUUUCUUUAGUGUGGUGGCACCUGCAGUCUGGAGCUCAGUGCCUAUUGACAUCUGGCAAGCUUUGGGAGUAAACCUUACAUCACAAAACCCAAGGAAAAAUCCAUACCUUGCUGGACAUCUUCGGGAGGAGGAAAGGCCACAAGGAGUAAAGCCUACACAAAUCUGGAGUGGAGUCCCUAAGACAGGUGGAUGGCACCUUUUAUGCUCCCUUCUGGCAACUCCUGCGGCUAAUCUGGUGCCAAAUGUCUCACUCUGCUUUCCUUUGGACCACGUUAGUGAGUCUGAGAGAGGGGUCUUCUUGUCUGGGCAGCCCAAGACCUCCAUACACACUGCCCAGGCUUGUGGCCUGGAGAGAUCGUUGCAGUGCUGCUCAUGCAGCAAAAACAACACAGGAGGCAGCCAUUCCAAGUUACGGGUCUCUGCAGCCACAGCAGGCGCUGUGAUUCUGCAGCAGUUUGACUUCACCCCCGGAGGCACACUCCAUUGUCAGAUGCCAGCAACAAAGGCACCAUAAAUGCACGCUGUUCAGUGCCUGCUUAAAUCACUUUUGUUUAGGGAAGCUUAUCCCGACACAAAUAAGUUAGAAGUGUUUUGUUUUAUGUUUUAAUCAUAUUUUGACUAUUUUUAAAUACCUGCUUCCGACUGUUUUUAAUCUAUGAUUUUAAUGUUUUAAUUUAUAUAUUUGUAAACCUUUUAGAGGGGCAGUGAUUUGGGGUUGUUGUUGUUUUUUUACAAUCAUGUGAUAUAUAAUUUUUAGUAAUUAAUGAAAUUCAGCUGGUUUAAAUUUGCCGUGUAGCUACCAGGGGCCCAACGCAAAGAGGAAAGGCAUGCAUUGGCAUGUCAAAUGGCUGUGCCACCUUCAUCAUUCUGCCCGGACACUGAGGUCCAGCGCCGAGGGUCUUCUGGUGGUUCCCUCGCUGCAAGAAGCCAAGUUACAGGGAACCAGGCAGAGGGCCUUCUUGGUAGUGGCUCCCGCCCUGUGGAAUGCCCUCCCACCAGAUGUCAAAGAGAAAAACAACUACCAGACUUUUAGAAGACACCUUAAGUCAGCCCUGUUUAGGGAAGCUUUUAAUGUUUAAUAGGUUAUUGUAUUUUAGUGUUCUGUUGGAAGCUGCCCAGAGUGGCUGGGGAAACCUAGCCAGAUGGGCAGGGUAUAAAUAAUAACUUAUUAUUAUUAUUAUUAUUAUUAUUAUUAUUAUUAUUAUUUGGGCUCUUGCCUGGCCUUUCCCCUGCAGGUGGCCGAUCGUACGGCGUACGUUGUUGAGUUUACCAUCAAAGAAACCUCGUGCCCCAGAGCCAGUCUUGCAAGGAAUAUCUCGGCGUGUGAAUUUCUCCCUGACAGAACUGCGGUAAGCGAAGAGUCUAGCAUAAGCUCUGCAACGUGGCGCUUUCUGGGUGUUUUGAACUACAACUCCCACCAGCCACAGUUCGACAGGCUGUGGGUUAGCUAACGCUAGAAGCUAAAUCGUGAGGGGAAAUGUGAGAGGUUUCUAGACACACACUCACAGCUCUUCGCCACCUAUCCAGGCAAGCAGGAGCCAUUAUCAGAGUUCAAGGAUGCAAUCCAGCACUUGAGGAGGUUGCAGAGGCAGGGGGUGUGGCCUGGGGAGAGGGCAUGGCCUAGUGAGAGCCCCAAGGGCCUGGUGGAGAGGUCUUGAGGUCCACAUUUAGCCCACAGGACUGAAGUUCCCCCAGGCUGAUUUAAAUAUCAUCACAAUUACAGCGUAAGUCUUCCUCACAAAUUUAUUAACAGCUACAAGAAUUACGAUGGCUAGGAAAUGGAAGGAGCAAGCAGAAUAUAAAAUGGAAAAACGGUAUAAAGAGGUGUGGGAUAUAGCUAUUAAUGAUUAAUUCACAUGUGCCAUUAAGGUAAGACAGGGAAUAUGCAGGAGAAAUGAUUUUGAGGAGAUAUGGAGGGUAUCUGUAGAAUUUGUACUGUUAAAACGGAAAGGGGUCAAACCAUCGCAAGAGGUGUUGAAAUUUUGGGAGGUUGGAUAGUUACAAUGGAAUGGUCUCAGCGGUGGGGUGCACAUUUUUAUUCUUAUUUGUUUAUGAUUAUUACUAUGUAAAUAAAAAUAUAAAAAUAUAAAUAAAAGAAUGAAUAAAAAUAAAAAACAAAACAAUUACAGCGUAUAUCAUGCAGAAUAACAAACAAAUCAUCAGUAAAACAAUUACAAAUCUUCAGUAAAGGUAUCCUGUUAAAGGGAUCUGGGGUGUGACAUACUGUCCAAAGCUCCUACAGGGACCCCUUGGGGUGGUGCCUCUUGUUUGAAUUCCUCCUCCAUGGUGGCAGUCAUGGGAUUGUUGUCUAUCACAUGACGGUGUGUGUUUUGACUCCACAGAGUGGGAACUGACGGAGACAGGAUGUUUGUGUUACUGUGUUCCGUGAAGUGGGACUAUUGUCCUUUGUUCUCUUUCUUUGCUGUCUGAUGCUAGAGAGAGGGGGAGCCAUGUUGCAGUGCUCUGUGUGUGUUUAUAUGUAAAUAAAGUAGAUUAGCCAAAAUGCUGAGUUGCUGAGGUCUGUUACACAAGCUGUGAAGACUCUGCGGAUCCCAAAGUGUGCCAGUAUCUGUUGGCAUCGGUCGCUGUGACUGUUCGGGCUGAAGAAAGCUUUUGAAGCGCCCGAACGAUCGACCAGGAGGGAGAGAACAUGCCAGUCGGGCAUGUUUCUCUGCCAGGGUCCUACUCAAGUGUAGGACGAGCUCCUGACACCUCUAUCAUAGGACACCCCCUAUCAGUGGUUUACCUUUCCAUGGACUCCCUACAGAUGGGCAGGAGUCAAGAUAUAGCCUAGCUUCACCCCAGCGCCUAAGCCAAACUGCUCACAUCUGUAACCAAUGAAGUUAUGGCCUAUUUGAACCAUAAACCAAACUACUCCGUGACAGUGUGUUUUAUUGUUCUUCUGGGAACUUUGUGGCUCGGGUGCCUUGACACACAAAAGAAUCCACAGCACCAUCCAGCGCAGGGGCACAGAUUCACAUUGACAUUUCCUCCUUCUCCGCAGCACAAAGGACUCUGCAGAGGAAAAGCCGUUAAGGAGUCGGAUGCAAAAGAUCCCAGUGUGAUUGAAAUAGAGUCCUGUGAAAUCUACGAUAUUCAAGUAAGUCUAUUCCCCUGCCCCCUGCUCCGUGGCUAAAGGGAGUGGCCUUCCCACCUACCUUUAAGUCAGGCUUCCUCAACCUCGGCCCUCCAGAUGUUUUUGGCCUACAACUCCCAUGUUGCCUAGCUAGCAGGACCAGUGGUCAGGGAUGCUGGGAAUUGUAGUCUCAAAACAUCUGGAGGGCCGAGGUUGAGGAAGCCUGCUUUAAGGGCAAGGACAGAAGCAGGCAGCAUCGACAGAAACAAGCACUCCGCCUUGCCUCCAUAGUUGAGGGGGCCGGUGCCCGCAACAUGCGCAAGUGACGUCAGCACGCCACAGGACGUGCUGAUGUCAUGCGCCAUGUGCCGUGCUCACACUGUGGACACACGAUGAACUGCGUGCUGAUGGCAGUUGCGUGACUGUGUGCAAUUAAGGUAAGCAUGUUACACAGCAUGCACACACAGCCGCUGCAGGUUUUUUGGGGAAGCGGAACAUUGAAGGGGGGAACAUUCAAGGACACAAUCUGUGCAGCAUAAACCAAUCCACCAGGUGGCGGCAGAAAAUUUAGGUGCACUGCAAUUACAGUGGAACCUAAUCCGUUCCGGAAGUCCGUUUGACUUCCGAAAUGUUCAAAAACCGAAAAUCAAAGGGCUGUUGGCAAAGUGAAUGGUGAAAAUGGAAGAAUGUGCCACAGAAGCCGUUUGACUUCCGAGGCAUGCUUGAAAAUGGAAGAAUUCACUUCCAGGUUUUCUGAAUUGUUUGGCAUCCCAGACAUUCGAAAACCAAGGUUGCACUGUACUUCCGUUAGCAAGUGGCAAUAGCAAAUUUGUAUUCCACCCAGCAGAGAGCACCAAAGAGGGUUCUAUACUGUGCUUUCUUUUGGUCUCUAGAGUUUCAAUGAAUAGGAAGUACAAGCUGCUAAUGUGGCUCACAUUAAUUGGAGAUUUUGCAAAACAAAAACAAAAAACUCAGCAAAACUCAACAAGUUUGUGAAAAAAGGUUCAGCAACUUUUGUGCCCGGAAUUUCACUUUUUGAAACAUGGCAACCGUAUACUAGUGAUUUAUUGCAAGAAAAUGCAACCCACUUAUAACGACAUGAGCCAGGAAGAACUGCAGCAUUCCUUAAAAUUAGGAAAUCUCUUUUCAAGGAUCCAAUACUGCAGCAGUUCAGCUCCCUUCAGUCUUUACUCCACAGGAGAAGAGAGCAAGUGGCCCAUUUCAGCCUCCUUGCCUGACUUCUGCAGCACAUCAGAAGCCCCAAUUUCACAUUUCAUUAGUGUGACACCAGGUCUUACUUAUCGAGAGUGGCUGGGAUAGUGCCACAAAUGUCCCAACAAGCACUGGUUUGCUGGCUAAUAUGUUACAAAGGUGACAAUUAAGCAUAUGUUGCAGCUCUACCCAACGUGCAAAUCAGGCUCCUUCACAGCAAUGCAUCUGAGUAUUUUUGGGUGCUUUUUGCAAUAACUGUGCGCUACCUGGCUCCAUCAUUUGGCGGCUUCUGUUUUUCCUCCACAGCUUUGCACAUAGACUGCUAUAUCGGAGCCAUUCAGCUGUAAACUAACACGUGUUGAACACAUCACAGUAUAUCUAUCAAAUCCAACUCUGCAUUGCAAUCAUUGCAGGGAAAUUGCCAAUCCUGAUUGGCUAGGCUUAUGUCCAGCUUCUCUGCAGGAAGGGAAGGUUUUCUGGGAUCUAAGCAAUAUCAGCAACAGCAGGAGUAACUUUGCGAGGGAAGAGAUCCUAAGGAGGGAGGGGAAGAGGAAAGUCUUCAAUAGGCACAGAAAAGACCGAAAGGAUUGCAUGUGUCUAAUAUCUAGCAGGAGAGAAUCCAUGAGGGUAGGUGCCACCACACCAAAGCCUAAUUCCUAUUGCAAGCAGACAGGACCUCCUGAUAAGGAUGCCUUUUCCUGCAGGACACAGUGAAAAGUGCAGAUGAGACAGAUAAAUAAGGCCCAAAAAGGCAAGUGAAAGAGAAGAUUCUAAGGAAAUCUCACACUGCUUAAGGCAGGGGUGCCUAAUUGUGGCCAUUCACAGGAUCAUAGAGUUCUGGAAUUGGAAGGGACCCCAAUAGUCAUUUGGUCCAAUCCCCUGCAAUGCAGGAAUCUAACUAAAGCACCCAUGACAGGUGGCCAUCCAACCUCUGCUUAAAAACCUCCAAGGAAGGAGCGUCCACAACCUCUCAAAGGAAUCUCUUCCACUGUCAAACAGAUGUUGUUGGACUCCCAUCAGCCCUAGUCAACACGGCCAACAUCCAGAGAUGGUUGGGUUUUGUGCUGGGCCUGGGGGUAACCCGUGAAACGCAGUCCUGGAGCGGACCAGAAUCCGGAGGUUCUGCUAGGAAUCAGUCCGACAGGGCCAAGGCAGGACACAAGGCAGGAAACCAGACAAGGACAGAUACAGAAUCUCAGGCAGGAUCUAACAUACAGCAAUGUUGCUCCCACAACCUGGGGUGGGGUCCAACAGCCUUUUAUCUUUGUCGGGGUAGCGGCCGGUCCUGAUCCCCUGGCAACUCACCUCCCUGUUUCGCCCAAAGGCGAGCUCUCCUCCUGCGAGUACUCAGAUCUCUCCUUCUCUCAGACCUUAGUCUCUGCAGCUCAGGAGACAUCAGUGGGUUACUAGACCCAGGGGCUGCCUCAGCCUCCCCUGACCAGAGUGGAGCAGCUGUAAGUGAUGGCCCAGCUGAAGGCAACGAGGUAAUUUCCGCAUCUGGAACCAGGGCAGGCUCAGGCCCCUGACUCGGCCCAGCUGGUGCUUGUUGCAGGGGAACCUGUGCAGACUGGGACUCUUCAGGAUCAGACCCUAGACCUGAUUCAGAUGAUGCCUGAGGCAAAGGAUCCGGUGCAGACUGAGACUCCUCUGGAUCCGAGUCUGAGCCCGAGUCCCAGGCCAUCACAGGCUUAUAAAGAGCACAGUUUACAGGCUUACAGGCAUGGAGAGGUCAAAUGGUAGGCUGCUGUUUCAUGGUGAGCCUGAUAGCAGCCCAAAGUCCAAGGACUGACAAUCUACAUCCAAGGCAAAAAAAAGGAGUUGGGUGCAUUCGCUGGUGCAAUGAAAAUUGUGAAAGGUUCGUAAGCUAACUCCUUUUCUUUCUUUCUUUCUUUCUUUCUUUCUUUCUUUCUUUCUUUCUUUCUUUCUUUUCUCCUUUUGCUUCUCGUUCUCAUGUGUGCUGCAUGCACACCUGGUGGCUGCGCUCCAGGAUACAGGAAAAGAUUGCCAUGUAUGCGGGCACACAUGCAGGCACCCGCCACAUGGGCACCCUCACAACCAUGACCACCACCACCAUGGUCCUUGUCACCAUCAUUGCCAUCACAGCUUUGGACCUCACCAUAGGCAUCACAAACAUCAUGGGCAUCACAGGCAUAGGCAUCACGGGCAUGCAGGGCCCAGAGGUGACCACAAUUGCUCUGAAGAAUAUCCUGACUGUCCCCCUCCUCCAGGACCUUGCUACCCUCCUCCACCCCCUGGCGGACCACACCAUUUCCCACCUGUUAACUGUCCCCCACCUCCUCCAGGGCCACCACAUGGGCCUCUUUGCCAUCCUCCUCCCCCUCCUGAUGUCCCCAACGAUCGUCCCACGUCUCCCCCAAAUCAGCGGGUUCGCAGGAAUAGCAAGCGCUGUCACGGCCCCAGGUGUCGUAUGAGGUCAGCUGGGAGAAGAGGAGGAGGAUCCUCUGAAGAGCACAGUUCCUUUGAAGACCACCACCCUUUCCACGGCAGCAAAGCCGGGUCGGUCUACUACAUCCCAGUUGCGAGUCCAGACAAUGUCCUCCAAGUUCCUGGGGCAGACUUCUUUGGCAGCCCAGACAGUCAGCAGAGAGGCCACAGGGGGCCGCCUUUGUGCGGCAAAGGCCUUCGCCAGAAACCAGCACUGCAGCCAUUCCCAGAAGCUGAUUCAGAGUCAAAAUCAUGCCCAGGGAAGCCCAAGUAUGAUCGCCCGGGCCUUUUGUCUUUGUAUCCGCAAUGAAACACAUUCCCAUUAAGCCGAAGUGUUUCCGUAACUACAUAGCUCCACGGCCUUCAAUAGUGAAAAAUAAAACAUCUCUAUACACAAAACAGUUUCUUUUAUUCUGAGAGGGAAUGAGCAUUUAUGGAAAGAGGUAUGUCUCAAGCAGAAAACCUAUGUUUGGUUUGUUGGUUUUAUUUGAUUUAUAUAUCAGCCUUCAUCAUAAGAUCUCAGGGCAGUUCACAGAAUAAAAUGCAGGAUGAAAACACGAGAAUAAAUAAAACGGAACAGCACAAUAAUAACACACACACCCUUCCCACAGACACAUUUAAUAGCCUGUAGAAUGUUAAUCUGGCUGAAGAGGAACGUUUUCGCAGGGCACCUAAAAAUAUAUAAUGAAGGCGCCAGUCGAGUGUUGCCACCUUCUGAACCUCACGUGAAGGAGGCACAUGAAGAAGGGCGUCAGAUGAUGAGUGCAGAAUCCAGGAUGGCUCGCUCCAUCUUCCAUAUGACAACCCUUUAGAUAUUUGAAGAUGGCUAUCAUAUCUCCUCUCAGUCUCCUCUUAUCCAGGCCAAGCAUACCCAGCAACUUCAACUGUUCCUCAUAAGCCUUGGUUUCCAGACCUUUUAUCAUCUUGGUUGCCCUCCUUUGUGCCCAUUCCAGCUUAUCAAUAUCCUUCUUAAAUUGCGGUGCCCACAACUGGACACAGUAUUCUAGGUGGGGUCUGACCAAGGCAGAAAAAAGCAUUACUAUGACUUCCCUUGAUCGGGACACUAUACUUCUGUUGAUGCAGUCUAGAAUAGCCUGAGGUUUUUUCUCUUUUUUGUCGCUGCAUCACACUGCUGACUCAUGUUAAGUUUGUGUUCUACUAAGAUCCCUAGAUCCUUUUCACAUGGCAAGCCAGGUGUCUCCCUUCUUGUAUUUGUGCUGGUGGUUUUAUCUUGCCUAAGUGCAGAACCUUACACUUGUCCCUAUUGAAAUUCAUUCUGUUUGUUUGGGCCCAGUUCUCCAAUCUGUUAAGCUUAUCUUGAAUUCCAAUUCUGUCUUCUGCAGCAAGUUGCUACUAUUGCUUCUUCGUAUAUACAGCCCUUCACAUUUGGGGAUCAGUUUACUUGUGAGAUUGCCUUACCCAUAUAGGACCGUGCAACUGCUUUGAUCUGAAGAAUUGGCACUGUUACAGGUGCAAAUAUUCAUUCUGCAGUUUUAAGUAAUCCGUACUUUACUGCAGCUGCAUCUACACUUUGGAACUCCCUGCCGAUUGAAAACAGGCAAGUGCCUUCCACUUGACUCUUUUUGGCACCUGUUUGAAACAUUGUCGGCCUACGUGGAGAAGUGUUUUAAUCUCUUUUGCUGUUGAUUUCAAUUAUCUUUAAAUGCUUCUAGUUUAGUUUGUUUUUUAAUCAUUUUAAACAAACUGGUUUUAUUGAUCAUUGUAAUAUUAUAAGCCACUCAGAAGUUUUGUUGCAAUCAAGCGGCCUUCAAAUUUUAGCGAAAUAAACAAGCAAAUGCCAAGGUAAACAGGUACCAGGUGCGUAUCUAAGGGAAAGCAUCCCACAAUGACUGCCAAUGCAGCCAGGGAUCUGCAUCUCCCCUCUAAGUCAUUUUCUUGGUUCUCACCUCCUUGGCAAAUUUGCAUUCUCUGAAGGAUGGUGUUACAGAGGGGGAAAGGUCCCCUUUGGGGGCUGGUACAGGGCCUCUUGGUUUGUUUUCCUGAGGUUCCACUUCAGCUUUCUCUGUAUGCAUCUAAGUUUUGAAAUCGGCAUAUUCACCAUAAGACUGCAGAAUGUUCUAGGGCGUACAAAACAUGACCUAGAACUGGUAAUCUUUGUUCUGACCCUGACAUCCUGAGGUUCGCCCUGUAACCAGAGCGGCAGGUGAACAAACGUGGUGUCAUCACAGCGCAGGGCUGCCUCUUUAAAAAGAAAACAGCAGAUGUUUGGAUAAACCCAAAAGGUUGUUUGCACUGUACACAGGAAGCGACAAGAGUCCAUCAAGCCCUCCUGCCCUCUUUCUGCUUUUGCUUGAUUACCUUAAAUCAAAAGAAGGCUGUUCCAGUCUUCCACGGCAAGGCAUUUCCCCGUCAGGCUUUUGGAGAGUCUUUUCUCUCCCUUUCCCUCUCCCCAGGUUUCAGGACCUUCUUCCUCGCCUGGACAUGGGACUCUUCAUUCUGUUAGCCUUCGCCUUCUGCUGCUGCCAUGCCAGCCCUCUCCAAGGCCAGAAGGUAGACUGCGAUGAUCCUGGGGUCUUUAACGCGGUGGAUCUAGCCCUGAAGGAAUUGAAUCGAGGCAUAGCUAGUGGCAACAAAUAUGCACUCAGUGUAGUCCUGGAUGCCAGCAAAACAGUAAGUAAACUCUGGAACAACAGAAAAAUCAUCUCUGAUUAUUAAUCUUCUCAUGCAAGGACUAUUAAUUUGUUCUACAAGAACAACAAAUCAAUGUGAUCAGUUGCAGGAGGGGACAUUGCUCAUGAGUCAGGAGUGCUAAUUUUCUCUAUCCUAUCGUCGUUGCUCUCAUAUAGUUCUCUCUCUCUCCUUAAUAUUGAAGCACUCUAACUAGUAUAAAAUUAAAUGAGCACCAAUUAUGACUCCGUUUAAUGAAUAUUUCAAUUGUAUUAAUAAUUAUCUCUGCAUAGAGCUCAUGCCGGACUUCAGAAAGUGUUCACCCGCAGAGUUUUACGCGGGUAACUUGCAACUUACGUGAGGGUCCGGUUCCGUGGGUCCAUGCAAGUACGCAAAAAUGCGUAAAGCCAGAAAUUCCGGGAACACCGCUCCCCAGCAAGGCGGAGGGGUGCUUUCCCAGUUUUGUCUUUUUCUAAACCUUUAGUCCUUUUUUUAAGCACCUCUCACAAUUUGAUUAAUACCUCCACUCGGUAGCUGACGAUUGUGCGGUGGGAUGGCAGUGCUCAAAGGACCACCCGUAAGUUGAAUGGUUGCUGUUUACUGGGAGGUAGUACUUAGUUUUAGCAUUAUAUUCCAUCUUUCCUCCUGAAGGAGCCUAGGGUGGCAAGAGUGGGGGGAGGGCAAGGCAGCAGGGAGGGUGGCACGGUCCAAGUAUAAUGGCAAGAAGUGCCAGAUUGGCUCCAGUGUCAAUCUCAUUGCUGCCUCUCCUCCUCUAAGGCAUCAGUGUGACCAGUUAAAGGUCAGGUGAGCAUCAGCAUCCACUACUGUCUCUGCUCUAGGCCCAGAUUACAUUGUUAUUAUUACAGUAGUACCUCCAGUUAUGUAACCUUUUGGUUACGUAAUCUUCAGGAUGUGAAAGCGGCAAACCCAGAAGUAUUUGACCAGGUUUCGCCACGCGCACAUGCGCAGAAGCGGUCCUCAGGUUGCGGAAACCUCGGGAUCUGACCGGACCUCCGGAACGGAUCCCAUUUGCAACCGGAGGUACCACUGUAUUAUUAUUAUUAAUUGAAGUUAUAUUGGCAAACUAGCUAAAAUGUAUAAAAAACCCUCAAAUGUUUGUUGGAGAUUUAAAAAGGGGGAUGGUACCUUCAUGCACAUGUGGUGGGACUGUGUGAGGAUACGAGAAUUUUUUGGAUAUAAUAUACAACAAACUGAAAAAGAUCUUUAAAUUCUCCUUCCAAAAAACCCAAAAAAACCAGAAACCUUUUUGUUAGGCAUUAUGUCCACUGAAAUCCAAAAAAACAUUAGAACCAACUUUAUGUAUGCAACUAUGGCGGCUAGAAUUUUAGUAGCAAAAAACUGGAAAUGUGACUCAAUUCCUACAAAGCUUGACUGGCAGGUGAAGAUGAUAGGAUACUUGGAACUUGCAAAGAUGACUGGGAGAAUGAGAGGAAACUCAAACCAGAAAGUGUGUAAAGAAUGGAUAACAUUUAAAGAAUAUCUAAAACAAUAUUGUGAAAAUGCAAAUCUCCUGACAGGUCUAGACUGAAUCUUGAAUAUUAAGGAAAACUAUAAAUGUAGAAAAAAAUCUGGAUAUGUAACAGAUAUAACAGGAAAUGCGUAAACUUUAAGAAUAUGUAGAAAACACAAUGAGGUGAAUCGGAAGUCAAAAGUGUGUGUGAUGUUAGAUGAUAUGUUGUUCAUUAAUGUUUAGUUGUGGUUCGAGGACCCGAUCCCCACAUAGUGGAAUGAAAACACAAGAACACGUGAUAUAAGGUUAAUGGGCAAGAAAAGGCCACAACUUUAUUGAUUACAGCAAGUGAAAAGGUAUUGGCUUAGGCAUUGGAUUACGUCAGCUGACUCCACCCACUCGGAGAGGGGUGAGUCUAAAAGGGGGGGGUUAUUCACCAGUAGGUGGAGCCUGUUGAUGCUAAUCCAACUAUAAGCUCUCCCCUGAUGUCACCGAGGGUUGUGCCAUGGCCCCCCGCCACGCAGGCAUCGGACAGAAUACACAAGCGCCGGAUUCCUUUAACGGAAUACCCAAAAAUUGAAGGCAUAGGCGAUGGCCACACCUAGCCCUUUGACACACCACAACACAUUAUUCCAAUGUCUAACCUACCCACCAAUACCACGAAAGUUGUGACGAUUGCUACGAGGUAGGCGAAAAAACCAAAAAGCCUAAUGCCAAAUGGAAAAAUUCCUACCAGGCCCCCCAGACAACCAGGGCGACCAACCUAAGGUCCAUAGCAAGGCCAAAAGAAAACUGAGACCCUGAGCUCUAAGGGAGUGGAGGGUGGGUGACUCACAACGGGACGACGAAGAGUGAGGCGAGGUGGCUGGCGCCACCGCAAUUUACGCUGCCGUUCAUGCCCCCUUGGAGGCACCUGGUUGGGUGUCUGUCUGUGGGCGUGGGCGCCAGCCAGGUGAGUGGGAGGCAGGGGGCUAACACCCCCUGCUUGAGGCAGAGACCGGCUCCCGCCCACAACCACUCCCCUCUUUUGCAGGAGGAGAGUCUUUGUCAUUGAGGUGUUGUCUUUGUUUGUCUGUGUUGUUAUAUGUAAAUUGUUUUGCAAUAAAGUUUAAAAAGGGGGGGUUAUAUACCGCCCGAUACCAGGGGGGUCUCACAGAAUAAAGUCAAUAUUUCUAGGCCUAUGUGAGUGAGUGUUUUAAAGACAAAAAGUUCCAGUGACUUUACUUACCUUCCCUUUACAUAUGUUUUAGAUCAGAAUGUCCUUCCCAGAGAGGCUUGCUCGCUUGGUACUAUCCUUUAUGGUCAUUUUGGUGCUAGGUGAAGACUUUUAAAAAUUACUCCCUAGCUUUUUUAAAAAACAGAAAACCUGAGAUUUUAACAAAUCUGUGAUUUUAGUAUCGUGAGGUACUGUUUUCACAUGCUGUGCAUUGAUCUGCUUUUACAUUUUUCUCUGCUCAGCACCGCAAUGCUGCAAUGCUAUGGUAUUUUUGCACUGCGUUUUUAAUUGUAUUCUGACAUUUCGUGCCAGGAGCUGCCCCCAAGGACCAUGUCUUUGGGUAGCUUUCUAUUAAUAUUGUAAAUAAGUAAGUAAUUUGAGUCCGCAUUAGAAAUAGUCGCUGCAGCGUUGUGGGAUGGAAUUCCACAAGCACUGUGUGAUGAAUUGCUUCUUAUUGUAAGACCAAAUUGCUGCAGAUCAGUUUCUCUGAAUGACCCCAAGUUCUUUGUUAUUGUGAGAGGGACUCCAAUAAUCCCACUCAUUUGUGACACUUCUGAACGACACACCAAGGUGGCUGCUUCUAGCUGAACUUUGCUUCCCAUGAAAUUACAUGCUUUGGGGUUCUACAGUAAUACAGUGGUACCUCAGGUUAUAGACACUUCAGUUUACAGAUGCUUCAGGUUACAGACUCCGCUAACCCAGAAAUAGUACCUCGGGUUAAGAACUUUGCUUCAGGAUGAGAACAGAAAUCGUGCUCCUGCGGCGUGGCAGCAGCAGGAGGCCCCAUUAGCUAAAGUGGUGCUUCAGGUUAAGAACAAUUUCAGGUUAAGAACGGACCUCCAGAACGAAUUAAGUUCUUAACCCGAGGUACCACUGUACUGAAAUUAAAAUGGUUUUUUGAGCUGAAGUUGAUGCUAACAUAGGAGAGAUUUGGCUGAUAUCUAUCUAUCAUCUAUCUAUCUAUCUAUCUAUCUAUCUAUAUCUAUCAUCUAUCUAUCAUCUAUCUAUCUAUCAUCUAUCUAUCUAUCUAUCUAUCUAUCUAUCAUCUAUCUAUAUCUAUCUAUCAUCUUUCUAUCAUCUAUCAUCUAUCUAUCCAUCCAUCCUUAAUUUAUUCUAGAAUAUAGGCAUUGCUGCCCUGCUGGCAUUUCUUAAAUGGAUCGUUCAAACCCAUCUAUUAUUGAUGGACUAAUUAAGCAUAAAAGCUUGCUUGUACAAGAGACCGGUGUCACUCUGGUUUCAAGCACAGUGGGUAGGACUCGCCAUCGUAGGAAAAAACAGCACGUAGCUUUAUCAAAGGAGCCAAAUAUUGAUGUUGCGGUGGGGCAAGUGCGAGUCUGGAUGCAGCUGUAGAUCACACAGUGCGUCGACCGCAGCAGAAUUUGGAACAAGUCUUCUGCUUGGAAAGUUCACAACACGUCGGCUGAAGAGCUAGCUUUGUUUACAGAGGUUAAAUAUUCCCACCAGUUACCUUUCAUUUAUGAAAUGUUUGCUCUGCUUUGCAGCUUCUGGACAACGGUUCAAAGAAUGCUUAGCUGAAAAGUCUGUUUCACGGCAUGUAGCAGAGAAACACAGCAGUGUGCUAGGCCCAGUUUCAUUCUGUUGCUUCUGUGUUAACUCGGCAUAAAUUACUGCAGUUGAGUUAAUGAGUCUGGGUGUUGUGUCUGAUUCUGCCUUUCACACGUGCAACACACUUCUGCUUGUGCAACUCCUCUCUCACACAGCUCCCCCCAUGCACAAUCAAUAUCUGUUCCAGAGGAUUGAGGGACCCUCUGGAGCAGAUUGGGGGAGAGGGCACAGAGAGAGGAGAGGAAGGGAAAGUCCUGUUGGGAAAGCAAAAAUAUUUAUUUAUUUGAAGUGCUUAAUAUUUUUUAAAAAUCUGUAAGUGGUAUACAGAAAUGACACAUAUUGAAAACAGCAUCAGAUAGAUAGAUAGAUGAUAGAUGAUAGAUAGAUAGAUAGAUAGAUAGAUAGAUAUAGCUAAAAACAGGAAUUCAGAAAUUAUGGGCUCUGAUCUUAAGUGCCAGGGAAUUACCAGGCAAAACAAUAAAACCUCCAAGAGAUAUCUGAAUACAUCUGAUAUAUGCUACGAUUUGGCAUGUGCUGUCAUCUUCUUUCUUAUGUGUAGAGGAUUUUUUAUUUUUCUUUAAAGAGAAGUGUAUAUUAUUUAUUUCAUCUGCAAAUUGCUUCCCAUAAGGCAUUCCAAAGGGAUUUAGCAUCAGGCUAUGAGAUUUCCCCCCAUGCAAUGGGGCUAGCUAAACACAGGUUUAUCACUUAAUUUACCAUUUUCAAAAAACUAGGCCUUACAGCAGGGGGCACCAACCUUUUUGGACCAGUGGGUACAUUUUGAAUUUGAAUUUUGAUGAAGUGCUGCCUUCUAUGAUUCUAUGAAUAGAAUGGGAGCUGCUAUCGGUGCUCCCACCACCACCCUGCUUAACCGCAGACAACUUCAAGCUUACUAAGAGAAAUCGUCUAUAUGUCCUGCUGGUUUUGACUGUGGCACACAACUCGGGCACAUUAAUUUCAUUGGGUUUUCUUUGAGUAAAACCGAGCUGGACACAAGCUUAAAACACAGAUGAAAUCGGCAGCACCUUCAAAACAAGCAUAGGCGACUGAAUCGUAUGUCCGGAUAAGGCUUGCGGAAAACAAAGAUAAAAGGGUUUUAGAUACUUCUUCCACCUCCAAGUCCUCUUGCACACCCAAAAUCUGCUCUGGAGGAUCUCCCCAACCCUCUAGAUGGGUGGGCAGGUGUUUGCAAAGAAGCUAUAGAGGGGAGGAGAAAAAGAAGGUGGUUUGUGAGACCCUUCACCAUCAGGGUCCCAAUGCAGGCUACAACAAUUUAAACUUGGUUCUCAAACUUAAUCCGUUCUAGGAGUCCGUUCAACUCCCGAAACUGUUCAGCAACCAAGGCGCAGCUUCCGAUUGGCUGCAGGAGCUUCCUGAACUCAAGCGGAAGCUAAUAAUAAUAAUAAUAAUAAUAAUUUAUUAUUUAUACGCCUCCCAUCUGACUCGGUUUCCCCAGCCACUCUGGACGGCUUCCAACAAAACACUAAAAUACAAUAACCUAAGCUGCGUUAGAUGUUCAGCUUCUGAAAAACCGGAAGACUUAAUUCUGGGUUUGCGGCGUUUGGGAGUCAGGGUGUUCGAGUACCAAGGUACCACUGUACCAAAAACAGUUCAAAACUAAAUACAGUGAUGAAUUUGGGGUAUUUACUUAAUUUUCAUGAAUAUUGAUCCAAGGGUAGCGGCACAGGGUAUGUGUUUGAUAUAUGGUAAUUCUAUUUUGAUAUUUAAUUUGAUUGGGAAAGUCUUUAUCAACCUCCUCCAAACUGAAGCCAUGUGGGUUUUUUAGACUCUAGGGCCAUCUUCCCCAGUUAGCAUGGCCAAUGGUCAGGGAUGAGGAGAUCAGUGGUCGAAAACAUCUGAAGGGCCCUAUGUAGAAAGCUGAUUUAAAUAUUCAUUUUACUAUGCAACUCCCUCUUGGGAUAUUUAGGUGUAGUAAUUUCAAUUUGUCUACCACUGGUCGAACAAAAGCACUGAAGUAUUCUGAACAGAAAUAUUUAAAAUGUAAAAAAAGAAAGAAAGCUAAGAAUACACUGUCUACCAAACAAAAUUUCUUGCACACUUUUAGAAAAAUGGGUUUCCAGCAGAGAAGAGCCUGGUCAUUUAUGAUCCUGGGGGAUAGACCUCAUUUAAAAUGCUGCACAUAUUAAUAAGUCAUUAAGAAAUCCUUCUGAAAACGAUCUUCCUGGCUCGCUGUGGAAAUGAUGAGCACUUACAUAAAUGUUUUCUUCAGCCAGGCCCUGGCCAAAAUUACAUUGUGACAUAUCAGCUAAAGAAAACCUCUUGUGUUGCUGGAGAUGCGACUCCCUGGCAAAACUGCGAGUUCAUGCUAUUAUCGGAGGGAGUAAGUAUCUCUAUUUUCUCUCUAAAAUGUAUGUAUAAUUUAGCACAAACAUGGUGGGAAGGUGCUACAGGAGAGGGCAACAGACACAGGCGCAUACCGCUAAACAGUCCCGAUUUCUGAUUGGAUCAGACCAAAAGACACCCAUUUUAUUUUAUUUUAUUGGUCUCAUGCUGUGGUGCAAGUCAGCGGAUCUGCGCCAGAGUGCCGGGCCAAAGGGCUAUCGUUUUUUGGGUGUCUCAUGUUCUUGAGGGAAUCCUCUGGUUUCCACGAAAACUGGAGACCAAAAAACCAAGCAUGCCAAUUUUGAUCAGCGGGAAGUUGGAGGGUAUUCAGUGUUAGGAUAUAGUUCCAUUCCACCUUAAAAGGGUACAGGCAUGACGUUUGUGUAUCACAUGCCUGUUUACUGCCAGCACUGUCUGCUGGGAACUUCCGUUGUGUGUUGCUUUUGCUAUGCGGCUGUUUUUGCUGGACACGAAGGCAAGCAGUCAUGUUUUCCUUUGUUCCUGGACUACGCUGAAUAAAUGCUGUAAAUGAUGCUGGCACAAUUCUCUUUGUCUGCCUCUUCCAUUGUGGAUGAUUUAUACACUCUGCUGACAGAGUGUGCACGGGUCUCGGAACGUAUCUGAGGCUCGUGUCGCUGACUGACUGAUGCUGUUCCACGGGAAUCCGGUGAUCGUCCAGAGCCAGCUGGGGGCCUGCCUGAUGCCCCCGUCUCCCCGGCAGUAUCCCAACAUGCAGCAGCACCCAUGUGGAAAUGCUUUACACAGAACAUGGGAGAACUGUGCUCUGGGCACAGGUCGCACCGACAUCUUUAUUUAUUUUUUUAAUAAAUAUUUUUAUUAGAUUUUCCAUAAAAAAACAUUUUUACAAAAUUAUACAUCCAUUUUUAACUUAAACCCUUUUUUCCAGAACUUCCCUCAGCUUGUCUGAUAAUUUUCCGUUUAUUUUUUAUCCUCGUCUCACAUUUCACAAUAUUAUAUUGCACUCAAAUACUCUUAAUCACAUCAUAUUUUUAAAACAAUAUUUCUAACAGUAAUUUCACAGAGCUUCUUGAAAGCCAACGAACGUUAUUUGCUCAUCACAGAAAUUUUUGAUAUACUCUGUAAAUUUCUUCCAGUCCUCGGAGAAUCUCUGGUCACGUUGGUUCCCAAUUUUCCCCAUCAAUCUGUCCAUUUCUACGUAUUCCAUCAGUUUCAUCCUCCAUUCUUCUUUCGUGGGCAUCUCUUCCUGUUUCCAUUUCUGUGCCAGCAAAAUUCUGGCUGCUGUUACUGCAUACAAAACUAAUUUCACAUCUUAUUUACUAAUUUCAUUAUCCAGUAUUCCCAACAAGAGAGCUUCUGGUUUUUUAACCGCACCGAUAUCUUUAGCAGGGAUUCCAAUGAUGAAAUUGUAUUGGUUGCCCAAGCAUGCAAGCUACAGUGUGUAUGACUCUUUGCUUGUAUGUACAACUCACCAGCGUCUGAAGGACACAUACCUAAUGUCAAUAGAUAUAACAGCAGUUUCCAAGAUGGAAACGGAAGAGAAGCGCUUGCUGGAUCCGACCAGAGGCUCUUGCAUUGGCCAACCAGAUGCCUAAGGGAAGCUCAGUGUGGAAUAAGGGCUUGUGUACAGCAGAAAGCUGAUCCGCGAGAGCAAAAAAAAAUCCUACCAACUGCUAUAUUGUAGUGCUACUAUUGAUAUAUUUACUGCUGAAAAACCCAGAGAUUCAUUUCCAUGCUAAUUCCAUCUUUACAGGGAUCAAUAUAUUCGCCAUUAGCACUACAUCAGACUACAUCCACACAGGGUUUUUUUCCAAAUAACUAAGCAAGAUUAUCCCUGCUUCAAAGUACUUUGUCAUUCAUUCGUGAAUUACGGUUAAGCAGUUCUCCAGCAAACAUUAAUCUUUUUAAUAAAUAAAUAAAUAAAUAAAUGAAACCACCCACAAUGGAUUAAAAAAACCCACAUUUGCAGCACUGAUCCAUUAUAUGAUCAAUUUUCCUUUAUCACGUGCUUUCAACUGACUUUCAAUGUGAGAUUAAUCCUUUUCGGAAACAAAUCACACGACAUCACCUCAGGAUAUCGUUUUGGGUAAAGAACGCCUGCUUGGAUUAGUUCUGGAUGAGAACAUUAACAAAUGAUAGUUUCCAAAGAAGGAGUUGGCUAAAUCAGCUUCAAAUAUCAACCCUAAAUUAUUCACCUAGUUUUCCAUUUUCACAUAGUCUGCCUGAAGGCAACUGAGGCGAUGUUUGAACACACCCUGAAACAAUAAUAAAAUAGAGGGCCAUAGAAUAAUUUUGAAACAUUAGUUAAAAGUCAGCGGCAACUAGAGAUGGGGAAAGAUUUUUAUUCAGUCCACUUUUUUAAACAAAAAUGACCUAAAUUGUAUAAUAAUAAUAAUAAUAAUAAUAAUAAUAAUAAUAAUAAUUUAUUAUUUAUACCCUGCCCAUCUGGGUGGGUAUCCCCAGCCACUCUGGGUGGCUCCCAACAGAAUAUUAAAACACAAUGAAACAUCAAACAGUAAAAACUUCCCUAAAGAGGGCUGCCUUCAGAUGUCUUGUAAAAGUCAGAUAGUUGUUUUAUUUCCUUAACAUCUGAUGGGAGGGCGUUCCACAGGUCAGGCGCCACUACCGAGAAGGCCCUCUGCCUGGCUCCCUGUAACUUUGCUUCUCUCAGGGAGGGAACCGCCAGAAAGCCCUCAGUGCUGGACCUCAGUGUCCAGGCUGAACGAUGGGCGUGGAGACGCUCCUUCAGAUAUACUGGGCCAAGGCCAUUUGGGGCAGGCUUCCUCAACCUCGGCCCUCCAGAUAUUUUUGGCCUACAACUCCCAUGAUCCCCAGCUAGCAGGACCAGUGGUCAGGGAUGAUGGGAAUUGUCGUCUCAAAACAUCUGGAGGGCUGAGGUUGAGGAAGCCUGGUUUAGGGCUUUAAAGGUCAGCACCAACAAUUUGGAUUGUGCUCAGAAACGUACUGGGAGCUAAUGGAGGUCUUUCAGGACCAGUGUUAUAUGGUCUCAGCGGCCGCUCCCAGUCACCAGUCUAGCUGCCAUAAGAAUAGAAGAAGACUCUGCUGGAUAAGCCAGUGGCCUAUCUAGUCCAACAUUCGGUUUUUACAGUGGCCAACCUAUUGAAAACAUGCAAGGAGGAGCCAAGCAUAAGAACACUCUCCCUUCUUGCAGCUUCUAGCAAUGGCUGUUGAGAGGCAUUACUGCCUCCCAACCGUAGAGGCAGAGAAUAGCCAUCACAUCUAGUAGCCCAAACUAAUGCACAGAUCGGAGCGUAAUUAUUAGGGCUCUGCCCCUGAUUCAGCUGAAGCCCUAAUCCCACACCAGAUCAGGUUGAUCUGGGCUCCAGCUGAAUCCAGUUGAGAUGGCUUUCGAUCAGUCACCUGGGGUUGCCAAAAGGCAGGACAGUUGGGUGGGAGGGGAGAAGGAGAGACAAACAACCUCUGCAGUGUUUGCCGCAGGGAACUGGCAAAGCAACACCCAGCAGGAUUGAACCCUUUAUUCACCAGCUGGUGAUCGGAAGGUAUGAUCCUGCUCUCUGCAGUGGAGGGAGGAAGGAGGAAGGAGAUCUAAGGUGUCUCCAUCUUCCCCUCCCAGCUCCCAAUCAUAGGCUUGCCAUACGUCAGGAAAAUUCCUGACAUGUCCUGGUUUUUGGAUGUAAAAAUGGCGUCAAGGGGGAAUUUUCCUGAAUCGGCAAAAUGUCAGGGAAAACCGAGGUGUAUGGCAACACGGUGGGAAAAGCAGAAACAGCUCCAAAAACUUAAAAUUACCCAAAGAAGCUCAAUAAUUUUUGAAAUAUGGCAACCCUACCCAACCACAUGUUUAAAAGGUAAAGGUAAAGGGACCUGAGAUAGUUAAGUCCAGUCGCGAACGACUCUAGGAUUGCGGCGCUCAUCUCACUUUACUGGCCGAGGGAGCCGACGUUUUGUCCGCAAACAGCUUCUGGAUCAUGUGGCCAGCAUGACUAAGCCGCUUCUGGCGAAACCAGAGCAGCACACAGAAAUGCCGUUUACCUUCCCGCCAGAGCGGUACCUAUCUAUCUACUUGCAAUUUGACGUGCUUUUGAACUGCUAGGCUGGCAGGAGCAGGGACUGAGCAACGGGAGCUCACCCUGUCGCAGGGAUUCAAACCACCGACCUUCUGAUCGGCAAGCCCUAGGCUCUGCGGUUUAGACCACAGCUUAAAACUGUAAUUAAAGUUGUGAGUGGAGGAAGUGAAGCCACAUCUUCUUCCCCUGCCCAACUCCUGACCACAAGUUUAAUCAGAGUUUUAAACCCUGAUUAGCACUAAGGUUGGCCUGCAAAUUGAUUUGAGAGCUUGAUCUGAGUCAGUUUGGCCCUGGGUCAGUGUUGAGCCAAAGUGCCAGACUGAGGAGACCUUGCAAAGCCUUAAUUCUUCUUCAGGUAUUCCUUUAUGUAUCGAGUUUCUUUCCUUUUUAACAAUUUUUUAAUUAAAUUUUCAACAAAAAUAACAAAAAUAAAAAACAAUAACGAAUACAACAACAAAGAAAGAAAAAUAUACACGAAAACAAUAUCAAUUCCAUAAAAUGGGAUUCUCUGAAUCCCGUCACACACACACACACACACACACACACACACGGUUCCUUAAUUUUUUCUUUUCAGCUGCAUAUCAUUUCUACUCCAAAUUAUUUUUUAUCUCAAAUUUCCUAUACUAUCUCUAUACUUACAAAUGUUCUUAAAAUGCUGCCAAUAAAUUAACCUGUUUACAAUACUUUUGCAAAUAUAUAAUAAACAUUUCCCAUUCUUUUUUAAAUUUCUUGUCGUCUUGAUUUCUGAGCUUUCCAGUUAAUUUCGCCAUUUUAGCAUAGUCCAUUAACUUGGUUUGCCAAUCUUCUUUGGUUGGGACUGCUUCCCUUUCUAUCCUGCCCUUCUUCCCAAAGAAUCCCAGGCCUGCAUUUGUCAGAAUUUUGGAAGUCUUCAAAUUUUGAAGCACAGUUCUAGCAGUAACUAACAGCGUAACUACCAGGGAAGAGGAAUUUUAUGUCUGGUAAACACUAAUCAUUGUCCUUCUCACUCCUUGUAGGACUCCGGCGAGUGUAAAGCUGAAGUUCACAUCGAUGACUCCGCUGAACAUUCCAACGUUUUGCAGAAAUGCACUAACAUUACUGGUAGGUGCUAUUUUUAAGUUAGCACACAGUAGACUGACCGAAUAGGAAAACAGUGACCAGGAAUGGGCAGAAGAAUGGUCCAUGUUGAUAAAUGCAAAAAAAUGCUCCCCAGGAAAAGAUGAAAGCCCCAAGCUUGGUUUUAUGUUGUUGUUGUUAAGUUGUUUAGUCGUGACCCCAUGGACCAGAGCACACCAGGCACUCCUGUCUUCCGCUGCCUCCCGCAGUUUGGUCAGACUCAUGCUGGUAGCUUCGAGAACACUGUCCAACCAUCUUGUCCUCUGUCGUCCCCUUCUCCUUGUGCCCUCCAUCUUUCCCAACAUCAGGGUCUUUUCCAGGGAGUCUUCUCUUCUCAUGAGGUGGCCAAACUAUUGGAGUCUCAGCUUCAGGAUCUGUCCUUCCAGUGAGCACUCAGGGCUGAUUUCCUUAAGAAUGGAGAGGUUUGAUCUUCUUGCAGUCCAUUGGACUCUCAAGGGUCUCCUCCAUUACCACAAUUUAAAAGCAUCAAUUCUUUGGCAAUCAGCCUUCUUCAUGGUCCAGCUCUCACUUCCAUACAUCACUACUGGGAAAACCAUAGCUUUAACUAUACGGACCUUUGUCGGCAAGGUGAUGUCUCUGCUUUUUAAGAUGCUAUUUACUUAAAUUAAAAGGAGCCUAUUUCGUGAUGGGUUACUUUAGUACGUGUGGAGCAAGAUAGGAAUUGAGAAAUGGGCCACAUGGAGAUAUUCAGCCAACAGGUCCGUGUAUUUGAAGGGGUUUGUGUGUCUAUGAAUAUAUUUGAGACCUAUAUGCUACCAGUACUUACCCUGAGGCAGAAGGAAGCCUGGCUAAGACCCCCAUUAAUAUUUCCCAACAUGUACAUAUUUCAUUUAGAUUUAUGGUUUGUUGAGGUAAUUAAGAAACAAGGCUAGGAACUGAAGGCCAGGCUGGCAGGACUGAAGCAGAAGCCUACCAAAUUCUCAGAUGGACACAUGUGAGGGGGCAGUGCCCAGAUCUGAAGCCCAUUGGAUGUGUCCGAGGCCUGAGGAUUUGCAAUAUGGUUUGUUAAAGCCGUUUAGCACUGAACUUGGAGCUGCAACUCCAGCUUCGUGUGGCAGCGCUGUGGCAAGUUAUGUUGUAGCGCCUGUGCAAAUGCAUCCCCGAUUGCUAGAACCUGAACUGCUUGCAAGCACCUUAGCUAAGCUCCGUUCUGCGAAUGGCUGUUUGGCUUUAUUUUUACCUACCAGCAAGUCUUCUAACUUCAUUCUCAAGCACAUUUAUAAGGCAAUGGUGACACCUAGUUGUCACUGUUAAAUGGUAGCUGUAUGCGUUCUGCAGGGACACUUUCUGGCCCCUUUGUGAAAGCUGAAAUCUAACAUACGCUGUGCACCGCCGGAAAAUACGGCUCUGAUUCCGAAGUCUGGGAAAGUUCCCCGUUGUAUCUGAAGAAAUGUGAAAACUAGAAGUACCCUCCAAAUCUAUUGAAUAGGAUUUGCUACGUUCAAGGUGCCUUGUCAAUCACAGGAGCCAAUUCCUAGGAACCGUGGGGGCUUCAGCCCCCACAAUAAAAUAUUUGAGGGGGCCGCCUCCCCAAGUUUUGGGACAUUUCCAUUCAAAGGGGGGGUGCAUUGUGUCACGGGCCCCCACAAUAUUUUAUUCACGUUGGCACCCCUAUUGUCAAUAGCUGGAUGAAUUCGCAUGGCCAUGGAGACCAAGAGAAGGGGAGAUUGCCAGUUUCAUUAAUGCUGCAGCAUUAAUGAAAUUAAAAAUUGCCAUGUUCAAGCCCAGUGAUAGACUAUUUGUGUACAGUGCUCAGAACUACUCUGCCUUCGACUCCAGUCCUCUGGUCCUUCACCUCCUGUGUUUUUUAUUAUCUGUAAGCUGCCUUGGGUCCCUGUCAGCUAAAAAGGUGGGGCAUAAAUAAAUUUAGUAGUAGUAGUAGUACCACUUAUAAACGCCAUCUCCAACUCCUCGAAAGAUUCCAUCAACGGUGUCUCCAAAAAAUUUUACACAUCACUUGGGAAGACAGGCGAACUAAUAUAAGUGUACUGGAAGAAGCAAAGAUCACCAGUGUUGAAGCAAUGAUUCUUCAACAUCAACUUUGUUGGACUGGUCAUGUUGUGCGGAUGCCUGAUGAUCGUCUUCCAAAGCAACUACUCUAUUCCGAACUUAAAAAUGGAAAGCGUAAUGCUGGUGGUCAACAAAAGAGGUUUAAAGACUCUCUUCAGGCAAAUCUAAAAAAAUGUAGUAUAAACACUGACAACUGGGAAACACUGGCCUGCGAGCGCUCCAGUUGGAGAACAGCCUUUAUGGAAGACAAUCUUACUCGGCUACGAGUGAUCGCCAAAGAAGAAGAGUAGUAUUUCUUUUCCCUUGCCUCCCAUAGGAGCCCAAUGCAGCAGAAUAACAAAACAACAAACAAAAUGAAACAAAAGCAGUGUUUUCACAUGCUCAUUUUCUCCCGCAGGACUAUAGCUGUACAGUACAAAGGGGUCCUUCUGACUGGUGUUCUAUGGCAGGUGUAUUACGCAACAUGUUCCUGACUCAAUAAUAAUACAUUAAUGGUCGGUUGAUUCUGCAUCGUUAGUUCUUCUGCUAUGCUUCCUGAAAGCUACCACAUUACUACUGUCGGGAGGCAAUAUAAUAGCGCAACAAACGCAGGGCAAAGCCAGAAAGUUUGCAAUAUGAAAUGUCACACGAUUUCAGCAGGACGUUGUAGGAUGUGCACCAAUUGCAAGUUAAGCAUUGGCUGGAUGUUACGCAGUUUGCCCACCCCUAAGGCUUUGCAGGUGCAAAAGUGGGGUGACGUAUGACCCCUGAGAUCCCAUCAUGAGCGCAAAUCAUCAUGAAUGUGCAAUAAAAGGGAGGUUUGGAGGGGCCCUACAUUUUGGAGAACUGGGCUCUUGCUUCUAUUUAAAUUUUGAUUACUGUAAAAGCAGCCACAAUUAGACUGGGACCACAGCACUGAGGGAAGAGGGUUGAACAUUUUUCUUAAUGUUGUUCAUCGACUGUGAAUGUCUUACCUGAACCACUAUUUCCCCCAGGAAAUUUCUUUCUUUCUGCAUUGUACCAGCUUACCGAAGCUGGCAAAGUGCUGUUCUUGUUUUGCUUGUUCUUCAGUCCCAGACAAGGUGACCAGGGUGCAUGCCGGAUGCCUAGGCUGCUGGCAAUCCAUAUCCACCAAGAUUUUGGAGUUGCUGCCCAUUUUGAGACACGCCAUAAAGCUACAUAACAACCAGAGCGGAAUGCCAAACCUUUUUGAAGCUGGAGAGAUAGUGAAAGCCCAGCGUCAGGUUUGUAUAUGUCUGGGGUGGAGGGAACCUAAUGUCAUGCGCCCCUUGACAUCAUCUGGGUCUCCAUACGCUGGUGUCAUGACCUCAGGGUCUGCCUCACCCUCUUCAGGGGAUAAUAAUAAUAAUAAUAAUAAUAAUAAUAAUAAUAAUAAAUUUUAAAUUUUUAAAUUUAUAUCCUGCCCAUCUGACUGGGUUUCACCAGCCACUGUGGGCAGCUUACAACAUAUACAGUCGUACCUUGGUUUUUGAACAGCUUAGUUCUCUAAUGUUUUGGCUCCCGAAUGCAGCAAAACCGGAAGUGACUGUUCUGGUUUUUGAAUGUUCAUUUGGAAGCCGAAUGUCUGACGGGGCUUCCGCAGCUUCUGAUUGGCUGCAGGAGCUUCUUGCAGCCAAUCAGAAGCCACGCUUUGGUUUCCGAAUGUCUUGGAAGUCGAACAGACUUCCAGAAUGGAUUCUGUUUGACUUCCAAGGUACGACUGUGUGUGUGUGUGUGUGUGUGACAUAACAUCAAACAUUAAAAACAAAAUAUCCUAUACAAGCAACAGACCAAUAAAUCAAUAGAAACCAAUUACAAUAAUAACAACAAUAGUGAUAAUAAUAGUAGACUGUUUACAGUUAUACCCAAAUUAAAGUAACCGCCAACCUCAACUACUGUAUUGUUCGCUCCAUAGAACGCAGUUUUUCCUUCUUAAAAACUAAGGGGGAAAGUCUGUGUGUCCUACAGAGCGAAUGCAGGGGGGAGGCAGGCAGGAAAAGCCCCCAAGAGCCUCACACAAGCUUCACGCGGCUCUUGGGGGCUUUUCCCCAGGAGGGAGAAGGGACCGCCGCUCCCUGACCUGUUCUGGGGGCUGGGGUCGGGGGAAGCUCAGGCUUACCCCGCCCCCAGCCCCACAAGCUCCAGGAGUGGAGGCAAGGCUGCGCGCAACCUUGCCGCCGCUCCCGGACCUGCUCUGGUGGCUGGGGAUGGGGGAAGCCCGGGCUUUCCCUGCCCCCAAGCCCCGCAAGCUCCGGGAGCGGAGGCAAGGCUGCCUGAAACCCCCUGAGCGCAGCGGCAGUUCGAGCUGUGCUCGGGGGCUUCAGGCAGCUAUCCACAAGCCUUCGGAGCGCGGUGGGAGUUCCCCCCGCACUCCGAAGGCUUGUGGAUAGCAGCCUGAAGCCUGGGGAGUGCAGCGCCAAUUCCCGCUGCGCUCCCCGGGCUUCGGAGCGUGCCCCCAGCCCCACAAGCUCCUGGAGCGGCGGCAAGGCUGCACGCAACCUUGCCGCUGUUUCCAGACCUGUUCUGGGGGCUGGGGUCGGGGGAAGCUCGGGCUUCCCCCGCCCCAGCCCCGCGGCUAAAAACGAAGCCAUGACAGCUAGUGGGAUCCAUCCCGCUCGCUGUCUUGGCUUCUGCCAAAGCCGCGUGCAGCCUCUCCCGGCUGGAGAGGUUGCACGCGGCUAAAGAGGAAGCCAAGACAGCCAGCGGGAUGGAUCCUGCUAGCUGUCUUGGCUUUUUUGCUCUUUGGGGCUGGUGGGGGGGGGAACUAAAUUUUUUUUUCUUUAAUUCACCCCCUAAAAACUAGGUGCGCACUAUGGUCUGGAGCGCCCUAUGGAGUGAAAAAGACGGUAAACAUUUAACCAACACCAACCCGACAAAAAUGAAACAGAGGAGCCAAAAUUAGAACAUUUUAAAACAUUUUAGCUAGUUGCCCCAACCCAAGAUUUGUUCCAGCAAGACUGUGGACUUGGAGCAAAAACAAUGGGAGGAGUGGAAAUUGCCCACAGAGCCACUCCCAAUGGUCCUCACUGCGUCAGAAGGUCCAGCGUGGGAAGAGACGUUCACUUCCCCAGCCUGAAGAGGUUUCAUUGCCCCUUGUGACUUUGAGAACUCCAGCCCAGAAGCUCAGCAGAACCUCCAUCUCCCUUGAGCUGUAGGGGAACUUUUGUGAGUCAUUUACAACCUCUCCUAAACGUUUCUUCCAGGUGGUGGCUGGAUGGAAGUAUAAUUUUGAGUAUUUGGCCAGAGAGACAAAUUGUUCCAAGGCUGAAUUUACAGAUUUGACUGCAGAAUGCAAAGCUCUUCCUCAAGGCGUAAGUGAACCUCUCUGUUUAUUCUGGAAUAAAGAAGGGUUCCAGAAUUUUGUGCAAAAAAUACCUCAAAAUGUUAGAAUCACCAAACGUACAUGAACCAAUGGAUGAAUGAAACAUACAAAUUGGACAAAUUAGUAUUUUUGAAAAUUGCAUACAAUGUGCAUAUUUGAUUUACACAGAAUUUGGGAAAUAAGUCUGAAGGAGGACAAAGACAGAUGGAAUUGUAUGUAACCAGCAGAAAAAAUACAGAGUGCAUAGAAAUGUGAUAGCAUUUGAUGUACCUGAGGCUGGCCCUCCAUCCCUAACCUCACUCUCAACCUUUAUAAUGUAUGAUGGAGAUUGUGAACAGAAUCGCCAGGGAGCCAGAGCAGACAGACCAGUUCAGGGAAGGGUUUCUUUUUCUUUUCUUGAACCAAACCUAGGGACGAAGGAAAAACUCAAUUCAGCUGGUAUUUCUUUUAUUAAUUAAUUUAUUGUUUUAUUAAUUAAAUUUUUUAUACCGCUCUUUAUCUGUAUAUCUCUGUGAAGUUCACAACAUUUAAAGGCGAACUUACCAAGUUAGCACUUUCCAAAGCAAUACACGCACCAAAACACAGUCGUAUACUGAAAUUAACACUUCUCUGAAUUUUGCAAAGCAAUUCUAGAGUUAAGUGAUAUAUACAAAAAUGCAGUGCUUUUUCCCUUAAAAAAAAAUGUUUAGGGGUAGUCUCAUUUUGACUCGAGAAAAUCACUAUUUUAUAGUUCAAAUCAGGAAAAAUCAAUACAGGAAAUGGAGAAAAGUACAAAGAUUCACAAAAUGUUUAGGGGUAUGCGUACCCCUGUGUGUCCCCCCCCCCCCAGAAAAAGCACUGCAAAAAUGCAUAUACUGGGGUAAAAGAGUGCAUAUAAAUGUAUGUAUGUAUGUAUUUGUGAAAAUAGCACACAAAAGCACAUUACACAUGGGGAAAUUGCUUUGCAGAAAUGUGUAUAUUAGGAGACAUUCUUUGCAAAAAUGUGCACACUGGAAGAAAUUAGCAGUAAGAUGCUGUUAAAUUUUCAUGAGAACGUAAACAUUUUUUUAAAAAAGAAGAUUUCAAUAGUGUUUGCACCUGCAAAAGUUUCAGGGUGGACAUACUGUUUUGUUUCUAAUCCAUACAUGUCCCAUAGCUUCCUGCUGAAGUCCUGUAUCUUUUCAGACCACAAGUGUUCUGGUCCCGUCCCCCGUCCCCCGGUUUUGUUGUGCUAUACUGCAAAUAUUGCCCCUCCAGACUGCAAUAUUGCAGUAACGUUAGGCUAGCAUCCCUGAACAAGUAAUAAAGCAGAAUGAUGUGUGGACGCUUCGGUAUAAAUCCGCCUUUAACGCAUUAUUAUUGUGUCAAUGACGUGUUGCAGAACGCACCUGCAAAAACAACACCAGCCUGGUGGGAUCCUGGGGCUGAAACAACAUCAUAGCAAAAGUGGGAACUAAAGUCCUGUCUAGCUCCUAGACGGCAGCUUCCUCCGGGGAUGUUUGGCUGCGCAGCCAAAAGCACUUCAGGAAACAGCAGUCUAAUUCAUUCUGUUUCUCCUCUUGGCCAAGAGAGCUGUGCUGGAAGAGUUGCCAAAAGAAAUAAAAAGAUUAAGACAGCAACCAAUUUAACUCCAGGCAAAUAUUUCCAUAAAAAGGAAGUUGUUAAAUGAUCCUCUAAAGCAUAUAUAUCUGCAAUGCAGUUCAGAGGAGGGAUGUUUCGAGUGGAGAUAUAUAUAUUUCAGCUAGGAAUUUACUAGCUACUGCAUUGUUAGAGAUGCCUCUGAGUUAGAAAGAACAGCUGAUUUGCUUGUUCUUGCUCUGCGAUUCUGCCUCCUAAUUCCCCCAUCAGUGGUCCAGGCCAGAUUACAGGGGAUCGGGGGAAUGUGGAUCAGGAACAUUGUUUGGAGACCCUGCAAAGCAGGCGUGGGGAACUGCAGCUCACCAGACUACAACUCCCAUCAUCCCUGUCCAUCAGCCAGGAUGGCUGCAGCUCAUGGAAGCUGGAGUCCGACAGCUGCUGGAGGUUCUCAGGUUCUCCACUGCUGGAGUAGACGAGAAAGAGGAAUACAUAGGAAGAGCUGUUAGCCAUGAGAGCUAAUUGAAACCCUAACCCCUAUCAUAAUGAAAGCAUGGUACUGUUUUCGCCCCCUCGCCCCAACAGCUAUGGCUAUUGCCUACCCAACUUUCUUAAGGAACUGCCCAGCUGAACUUAAGCCUCGAGGGAAGCAAUGGACAUAAAAAAAACUCCGAAACAGAAACAAGGUCAUGAGAGGGUAGGAGAGGGUAUAUUAAUUGCAAUUCAUCCCUCCAUAUGUGUGAGUCGAAUAUACACUGAGCAGAUCUUAAAGUCCCACCCUUGGCAGAAAAAUGGAAUGAGGUGCCUCUGCUCAGCUUCUAAACUAUGGGUUACUAUUUGACUACAAGAACUCAAGGGAGGCGGGUGGCGCUGUGGGUUAAACCACAGAGCCUAGGACUUGCCGAUCAAAAUGUUGGUGGUUCGAAUCCCUGCGAUGGGGUGAGCUCCCGUUGCUCGGUCCCUGCUCCUGCCAACCUAGCAGUUGGAAAGCACAUCAAAGUGCAAGUAGAUAAAUAGGUACUCCUCUGGCGGGAAGGUAAAUGGCAUUUCCAUGCACUGUUCUGGUUCGCCAGAAGCGGCUUAGUCAUGCUGGCCACAUGACCCGGAAGCUAUACGCUGGCUCCCUCGGCUAAUAAAGCGAGAUGAGCGCCGCAACCCCAGAGUCGUCCGCGACUGGACUUAACAGUCAGGGGUCCCUUUACCUUUACCUUUACCUUUACAAGAACUGAGCUUAAUACAAAUGAAAUUUCAUCAGUAAUUUAGUGCCCGUUUCUCCUCAUGUACAUAGUUUUGUAUACAAUAUUACCUUAUUUUUGCAAACCAAUUUCCCCCUAAUUUAACACAAUUAUGUAUGUUAUUAUUUGUAAUAUAUCUAUUUUAAGCACACUUUGCCCUAGUAUAUGCAGCUUUGUGCAUGUUGCUUGUCGGGAGAACUGCAUUGCAAAAUUCAAAGAAGUGUGAAUUUUGAAGGCGGUGUUUGGGUUCAUGUACUGUUUCAGACAAGGGACGCAGGUGGUGCUGUGGGUUAAACCACAGAGCCUAGGACUUGCCGAUCAGAAGGUUGGCGGUUCGAAUCCCCACAACAGGGUGAGCUCCCAUUGCUCGGUCCCAGCUCCUGCCAACCUAGCAGUUCGAAAGCACGUCAAAGUGCAAGUAGAUAAAUAGGUACUGCUCCGGCGGGAAGGUAAACGGCGUUUCCGUGCACUGCUCUGGUUCGCCAGAAGCGGCUUAGUCAUGCUGGCCACAUGACCCGGAAGCUGUACGCCGGCUCCCUCGGCCAGUAAAGUGAGAUGAGCGCCGCAACCCCAGAGUCGGCCGCGACUGGACCUAAUGGUUGGGGUCCCUUUACCUUUACUGUUUCAGACACUGCAAAUUUGGGAGGAUGAACCGAAUUGAAUUUCUCUUCCAUCCCUGCUGCCCAAUGAAUAUUAAAAAAGGAAUGGGAAUGGGGGGGAGGUGUGGUAUGUCCUUAACAUCUGGGGAUUCCCUUUCUCCUUUUCCAAUUCAGCCAAGAGGACCACAUCAGGACAUCAAAAAGAAGAGCAAAGCUUGAGAUGUAGCGGCCAACACACAGCAUUUGCUUUUAUUUUCGGGGUUUAAUGACCACUUCACCUUGUCUUCUUUUUGCUUUCUGUCCCCGCUCCAGCACAUAGCUAGUUGCGUAGUUGAUGCCGUUGUGGACUUGAAAGGGAAGCUUGUGCAUGCUGAACAGAAGUGCAUCCUUCGAGGUUUGUAACUGCAGUAUUAUAAAAAAAAAUUGGGGGGGUGAAGUUAGUAUUCAUCAUCUCUACGUGGGGGCAAAAAAGGUAGGGCACUUUUUGGCUCUGUUUGGGCCACAGUGCUGUGUCACACGGGACCUGGCAUUAAUUCCUAUGGGCCAAAGAGACAAGUGAGAAACAGACCGGAGGACAGAACGCAGGCUCAGCUUACUUAGGACAAUGCGGAGAUGGGAGACCAAAGCGUAGCCUCUUCGCCAUAGCUAUGGCAGCAGCGCCCAUGCCCACUGUCAGGGGACUGCCAUCGGGACUGGCGAGAGAGGCAGGGGGGUACAGGGAGCCUCCGACGCUUCUGAGGAGCAGCCACUCGUCAAGGGGUGGGGAAAGCCAGUAGAACAGAGGGGGAAGGGGAUAGCCAGGCGAGGGGAGGGCUCGAAGAUGCUACUGAGAGCCCCAGCACCUCACCUAGCCCGGCUGGCCAGCAGACAGACACGCCGUUUCCAUCACCCAGCUUACGCAGAGGGGUGAAACGUAAGGAGGGGAGGCAGAGAUUUGGGGUUUCCAACUUCUUAUGUUGGGGGAGAAACCAGAAGGGGCCACUCCCAGAAUCUGCAAGCGACUAGGACGGACAUGAACUUUGUGUUUCUGCACUGUAUGUAGUUUGCACCAAUAAAACCUGUAAAAGACAGGUCUGAGUCCUGCCUGGUUCCUCGCGAGCAACCACCACCAGCACCUGACACCCACAUAGGCCUUCUAUAGCUUCCUCUGGGCUUCCUCACCUCUCCCCGCUGAAAUUAGGCUUGAAAGAAACAUUCUGUUGUAACCAAUAGAAUGUGGUCAUGGCAUGUGCUCAGUCACAAUACAUGCGUGGUGCCUGCAGCGAGGUCUCCAUUUUGAAAAUUAUUUGAUUUUGAUGAAAUCUAACAUGUUUUACUUAGUUUGUUCGUUUACUUACAGAAAAGGAAAAGUUUUCUGGCGCUGUUUGUCCUGGUUGCCCUCAACGUAUUCCAACAGACAGCCCAGAACUGAAGGAGCCACUGGCAGUUGCCCUGGAGAAAUACAACUCGCAAUGUGGUGGCAAUUUCUAUUACAAAAUUGAAACCAUUACAGAAGCUUCAAGCCAGGUCUGAACUCUGUUGCUACCAUUAUAUUUCAAUGUAAUGUUUUAAGAAAAUUGACUCAAAUUGGGAUGAACUGUUCAGUCUGUCUCGAGAGACAAUGGGAGGUGCCUCAGGGGGUGAAGUCAAACCGCUGGGGAAUCACAGCGCCUGCUGUGGCUGCAGAGACUGAUGACUCAUAACCGCUGCCCCCCUGUGUUGUUUUUGCUGCGUUAUCAGCACCAAAUUGGCCUCCCUGGGGCACAAGCCUGGGCAGUGUUUAUGGAAGCCCUGAGCUGCCCAGACUAAAAGACCCACCUCUCAACUUCCAAGACCCCCUUCUCAGCCUCGCUGGUGUGGUCCAAAGGAAAGCAGAGCAAUCCGCUUGGCUGCAGGAGUUGCAAGAAGGAGGCAUACAAGACGCCAUCCAAACACCUUAGGGACUCCACUCAAUUUGUUUAGGGUUUACUCCUUAGCCUUUUCUUCUCCCAAAUAUAUCCUGCAAGGCAGAGGAGCUUUAGAGUCAGAGCUUUCCUACUAGAAGGGCCACCUUCCCAGGUUGAUGAGCCCCACCUGUCCCUUAUGGGAACAUACAAAGCUGCCUUUUACUGAAUCAGGCCAACGAUUCAUCAGCUCAGUGGUGUCUACACUGGCUGGCAGUGGCUCCCCAGGGUUUAAGGCAAGGGACAAUCUGAGCCCUACCUGGAGACGUCGGGGAUGAAACUUGGGACCUUCUGCAUGCAAAACAGGCAACCCAUCACACUGAGCUGCAGCCCUUCCCCAAAAUUUAGACUUUCCCAUACUGGGAGUCAAACCUGGGCCACUUGGGUGAAAACUGUGGGAAUGUUCAGGGAUGCAAUUUAGCAGAGCAACUUUCCCCUUUUUUAAACUUGCACAGCGGAUGUGUUUGCUCAGGCUCGCUAAAGCCUCUAAAAUACGUUUUCCUUUUUGGUAAUUCCCCAUUUAGUCCCUCGUAAAAAGAUAGACAUGACACAGUCUUCUUUAAAAGUAUAAAAAGAGUUUACUCACACAUUCUGUUCACAAUUGGAUCACAGAAGGCAGACUUAAGUUAGAAAAGUAAUAUACACCUGGAAACUAUCCCAUAAGGAGACGGCUCCUUUGUCCAUUCUUGACUGCAAGCUAAGAGAGCAUCUUAGGCAAAGCAGAUGUUGCUUCUUCGACAAAUGUGGUCAGAGAGAGAGAGAGAUGGCUGACCAGUCCUGCUCUUUUGUUACCUGGGCAGGUGAGCUCACACCCACCUCUUGUCACAUACAGAAGAAGUCUGUUCCAGCCAAGGAGAAACAAGAAGUUUCGACUGGCUGGUCAAGACACCCCUUUUUAUGUCCACUCUAGGGGUGUUGUACUUGACUGCUCUUGUGUUUCACAUCCCACAAAAAUCAGGAUUUCUAACUGCUAGACCACAUGAGAAUAUAUACAUUAAGCCAGAUGGGAUAGUAAUUUUCAUGCAAGACAUGCCCCUACUGCUUAACCCUUUCUGUGCAAAAGUCCUGACUUGGGUUUUGAGGCUGCGCUUGAACUGCGUGAAGGCUUCACUCCCAACGUGAGGUGUGUCCCAUCUCAACGCCAUCCUGACAACCUCCACACUGUUUUUAAAUAUAACAAUACUAAGUAUUCACAGUGUGCUCUACAACAUCCAUUCCCCUAUACUCAUGCUUUUCCUGAUCAUCUUUCUCCUUAAAUUUCAGGUUGUUGCUGGAAUAAUGUACCGAGUUCACUUUCAAAUUAAGGAGACAAAUUGCUCUAAGCAAAUUGUCCCGAAAUUGAAUGAUGAUUGUCAGACUACAGAAGACAGUGUAAGUUACUGGGAGAGGUUCUAAGAUGAAUAUUUUAUUUCAAUCCGCUAAAUAAAUCUUAAAUUUGGAUGUGGGUGGGAAUAUUGCAGAUCCAUGUGGUUAUUUGUAUUCUUACUUUUUGAGAAGUCCAUUCCUGAUUCACUUUGAUUUAAGCUUCUUUAGUUCCCUGGUUAGACCUGAAUGCUAGGUAAUAUUUAAUUCAGUUAAGAUUUGUAGCCUUAAUUUGUGUUUGGUUUUGGCCUUAACGUUAAUAAAUUUUAUUCCUCUUCACAUGAAAACCCAGCACAACUGUUUGUAAACGAAAAGGUUUUUUUAAAAAAAAUACAGAUAAGAAAAUGCCACAAGCUUUCACAAUAGCAUUCCGAGCUAUAAUAAUUUGCCAGGGUUUGUAUUUCAUUAUAACCUUUGACUAGAGAUGUGCCACUGCUCUGUCUUGUUUUGGUUACAGAAACUGUUAUACUGCUAUGCAUCUAUUUACGAGAUACCCUGGAUGUCAGAAAUCCACCCCAAAUUGAAAUGUGGUGAGGAACCUCAGGAGGUAUGAAAAUCCAAAUUGUUACAAAACCACCCCCACUCUGCCAAGCGGUAGCAAAAGUCCAGGGGGUUCCAGACACUCAUCCAGGGUCUGUGUUCCUUUGGAGAAUUGAGACACAGCAGGGACUGUCGUAGCUUUAAGAAAUGUGGUUUAUUCACUUAUUUACAGCUUCUGUUUGCACGGAGGGAGUCCAGAUCUUGCAGCAUGGUCAUCUCAAGAGGGGCUUGUUCCCCAUAGCAGUGCAGCCUUGGAGUCCAAGGCAUCUGUCCCAGCCAGCCUUCAGCCAGCCAGCCCAAGAUGGAUCCCAGUCUUUCUUCUCCUUCUUCUUCCCAGCACACUUUGCUAAAGACUCUCUUUUCCUGUCACCUCACAUCUAGUUAUCCUGGCAGCCUUCUGUCUGCCCCAGCCCAAGAGUCCUCUUAGACGGGCCAUCAACCCAUCUUGUCAUAUGAAUACCUCUAUCCCAGGUGAUAGAGUUUUAAGAUGAGGCACUGCUGUUUUUAAUAUUGAAUUUUAAAUUGCUGUAACCUCUCCUUAGAGGAAGAGCAGGUAAGAAACUGAAAUAAUAACGAGCCAGAUAAACUUGGAACAGUCUUGUCCAGUGAUAUCUAGAAGGCAUCUGGCUGGAGUACAACUCUCAUCAUUGCAGACUGCUGAUGUUGCUGAUGGGAGUUGGGAGUCCAACAAUAUCCAAAGGACAUCAAAGUGCAGAAAACUGGCUUGAAGGUUUGGUGUGGUUUGGUACAGACUGGAGAGAGACAAGGACCCACUUCCCAUGCUAGUUCUUCUAGUCUUUAGAGCUCCAGUGAGAGCCAGUGUGGUGUAGUGGUUAAGAGCGGUGGACUCGUAAUCUGGUGAACCGGGUUCGAUUCCCUCCUCCUCCACAUGCAGCUGCUGGGUGACCUUGGGCUAGUCACAUUUCUCUGAAGUCUCUCAGCCCCACCCACCUCACAGGGUGUUUGUUGUGAGGGAGGAAGGGAAAGGAGAUUGUUAGCCGCUUUGAGACUCCUUCAGGUAGUGAUAAAGCGGGAUAUCAAAUCCAAACUCUUCUUCUUCCAGUCAAGAUGUUGAUUGCAUUUGGCCUAUAAGACUUAAUGCUCUUAGCCCAAUGUACAGUGGUACCUCGGGUUACAUAUGCUUCAGGUUACAGACGCUUUCAGGUUACAAGACUCCACUAACCCAGAAAUAGUACCUCGGGUUAAGAACUUUGCUUCAGGAUGAGAACAGAAAUCGCGUGGCAGCGACAGCAGGAGGCCCCAUUAGCUAAAGUGGUGCUUCAGGUUAAGAACAGUUUCAGGUUAAGAAUGAACCUCUGGAACGAAUUAAGUACGUAACCAGAGAUACCGCUGUAUCUGAGAGACUUGCUUUUCUGUGUGCCAUUGUAGGAAACAGAAGAAAGCCAGCCCUUGAAGAAACCAGACAUGAUGCAGGUACAGGCAACGCAAUAAUGGGGGGGGGGACGUGUUAUGCUUUAGCAGUUUUGGAGCCACCCCUAGAGUCUAGUCACUCUGGGCACAUCUGUUGCUGCAAACUCAUAAUUUUAAUACUCAUUGUGACUUCUCCCAUAGAAUACUUGGAUUUGCAGUUUAGUGAGGAUUCUGUUAGAAAUCCUGAACUUCCCCUCAUAGAACUGCAGUUCAGUAGAUCCCUGUCUGGGCUGAGGGAAUGGCUUUUAAACCAGUUUUAAGCCUGAAGUGGAGCUAUGCCCUCAAAGUUCAGAACAACUUCGAGAAAGUUCAUUAUUGGGGCUUGUGGGGGGGUGGGGUCCUGGAUUCAGCGUGGUCCGAGUUUCCAAUUUACAUUCCACCAUAUUUUAAUAGUUAAGUCUAAUUCUUGUCUGUUCUUGCGCAAUCUUGACUUCCGGGAUGUGUUGGUCUGUUUUAAACACCUAAUUAAAUACAUUGUGAUGGUUUUUCAGCUUAUGAGGAGAGGUCCAGGUUACACCCCAUUCCGAAGGGCUGGUCUAGCCCUCAUCACAGGAACAAGCGGAGGUGAACCAAGUGGAGCUUGUAACCUAGGCUUUGGCAGCAAUCAUGGCCACAGCCACAAACAUGGCCACAGCCACAAAUAUGUCCUUAAAAAGCCCAAAAGCAAGCCGAAAAACAAGUCUUCUGAAGAAUCUGAUGAAGACAAAACUACACUUACACCAGCUGCUGAAAUCCCAGAACCGCUACCUACUUUAGACGUGCUUCAACAAGAGGAGGUUGAGACACCACAAGACAUCAAUGGACCUCCACCUUCUUUGUUUGAACCUUUACCGGAUCUGCCAGAACCACCAGCUCCUAAGUGUCCAGGGAAACCGUGGAAACCCAUUAUAGCCCUUCAGGAACCUAGUCGUGACUUCACACUCGAAGAUCUUUUACCUCCCUCUGUGGACACCGCUGAACCGAUCGAAACAACACCAGCUCCCAACCCGUCAAUCUCCCUCGAUUUUGAUCUCACAGAUGCUCUGUAA